CCAAAAUAUUCAUUUUAAAUAUUUCUAUUCAUCAAUCAUGGAAACCGGUUUCAACAUCUUAAAACUGUCAUUUUGCCUGAGCAUAGUCGUGGUUGGAUCAUCUGCUGCUCAGGUUCCCGCACCAUGGACUCCAUCUAAUGGGAUGCGUCCGGGGACGUGUGACCACUACGAGUGUCCUACCUCUAAAUUGGUAGAGGCCGGAUACGCCUAUGAGAUCCGCUUGUACAACACUGCGGUAUGGAUCUCCACUGGUCCUAUCUCCGCAACAUCCAUGACUCAAGCCACCAAAACCGGUUUCCAACGAUUAUUUAGUUACAUACAAGGAAAAAACAAGGAUAAGGUGAAGAUGAACAUGACAGCACCGGUGAUCACACAACAAGCAACGCCAGGACAAUCAGUCUACACCGUCUCCUUCUACAUCCCCAAAAAGAACCAACAGAACCCACCUCAGGCUGAUGACCUCCACGUUCAGCCAUGGAAACCAACCUACGUAGCCGUGAGGCAGUUCGGUGGGUACGUGUCGGACGAUGCAGCCAAGAAAGAAGCUGCGGCUCUGAUGGAUAGCCUCAAGGGCACUCAAUGGAUUUUGCCUAUCGAGAAAAGCAAAGGAAAGUCUCCGGCGUAUUUGGUCGCUGAUUAUAACCCGAUAUUCCAGACCACGGCUAGGGUCAAUGAGAUACUAGUUCCGUUUACGAUUUAAAUGAGUAAAAUAUGUUACUACCACCUGACAAUCGGAUUCGAAGAGGUGGUUUAGAACCAAGACUGUAACACCAGCUUCAGAUUCGACAUGUUUAAUUAGUUUUAUAAAUAUUUGUUAACUAGGUAGUAAGCAAUACGUACGAGGCAAAUGUACCUCCUAGUCUCCUACAAAGUUUUAUUAUUUAUCCAAACUUGAGAUUUAUAAAUCAAGUAUAUAAAAUAAAUACCCAAAGGUUUUAUGUUU